UGGUAAGUCUAUCGGCGCAUGGUUCCGGUUUGCGUGUUACUUCCUUCUUCUUGCUUCAGGUUAAACCUGUCGGCUAACACUGUCUUUCGGCCAAACAACAACAAAAUUUUCAAGAAGACAACAUAAACCGUAUCAGUGGAAGCCAAGGGCUUGGAGUCCAAAAUGCAAGUAUCUCCAGAAUGGAAACAUGCGGGAUUUACUGUGUCACUUUUCCACUGACGAUUUUGGGGGAGAGAGGGAGAGGGGAAGAACAGGAAGAAUAAGGGACGCUAAAAAAUAAUGGAGUAGCCACAUCCGCUGCCAUUUGAUUCGUUCCUCAGAUGUUCUGCUGCUACGCCGGCAUGUCCCUCUGCACCACCACCAGCACCGCUGCCGCCACCACGGUUUUAAGGAGGGUGGUCAAGGUCUUUCCUGCUCUACGCAGCAGAAGAACCUACCAACCCGCCAAACUCAUUAUCGCGGCCCACUCGACUUCACCAGACGUUGAAUCUGCUGCUGCCACAAAGCGUUGGAAGCCUCUAUGCCUCUACCACACGCAGGGACAGUGCACAAUGGUGAAUGACGCUGCGCACCUUGAAAAAUUCAAUCACAAUUUCUCAAAUGAAUUCCAAGUUGGUGCAAACGAUGUAGAAAACUUGACUCCUCAGCACGUGGAUUAUUUCUUGGUACUUGACUUGGAAGGGAAAGUUGAGAUUCUAGAGUUCCCUGUUGUAAUGAUUUGUGCAAAGACCAUGGAGUUCGUUGAUUCUUUCCACAGGUUUGUGAGGCCAACAAAAAUGAGCGAGCAGAGGAUAAAUGAAUAUAUUGAAGGAAAGUAUGGGAAGCUAGGCAUUGAACGUGUCUGGCAUGAUACGGCAGUACCUUUCAGGGAAGUGCUUCAAGACUUCGAGUUGUGGCUGGCACACCAUUGUUUGUGGCAAAAGGAGCUGGGUGGAUCUCUUCAUCCUGCAGCAUUUGUGACUUGUGGAAAUUGGGACAUAAAGACAAAAAUUCCUCAACAGUGUACUGUCUCCGGUAUUGAGGUGCCAUCAUAUUUCAAAGAGUGGAUCAACCUGAAGGAUGUCUAUCUCAACUUCUACAGAAGAAGGGCCACCGGAAUGAUGACCAUGAUGAGGGAAUUGGGCAUCAGCAUGCUGGGCAGCCACCACUUAGGAAUUGAUGAUGCAAAGAACAUUGCAAGGGUAUUACAGCGCAUGCUUAGUGAUGGUGCUCGAUUGCAGAUAACAGCAAGGAGGAGUCCCAACCAUCGUGGUGAUGUGGAAUUCUUUUUCAAGAACAGAAUUAGAUAGCAGAAGUUAAAUCAUCAGUAGAAGUUUUUUUGAUGUAAUUUUGAUGACAAUGUCAUGAUUUGUAGUAACUUAUUUGCCCAUUCUAGAAGGACCACGACAUGCAUGCAAAUGCAUAUGCUUAUGCA